GUUCCGGUAGCUUAUUGUCAGUGACAGUUUGUGAAUUGGGAAAAACAUUUAAUAUGUCGGUAUAAAAUCGAAGCGUUUCGCAAUUUAAUUUUUAACUUGGAAGGAUCCUAAGGAAAUGGCAUCAGCCCGUAAUUUUUUGCGGACUUUGUGGAUAUUUUUUUAUGUUGUGUAUAAUGUGUGUGCUACAAACAACACAGCGGAACCAUGGAUAGUGUCGUUUAGAAUAGGCGCAAAAUCGUGUACGGAUUAUAAAUGUAAAUAUUUAUUAUUAUUGCAUGGUGGCAAGUUUCUUGGUCAUAAACCCUGGAGAUUAACCCCCAACGAAGGUUCUAGAGGGGGUAAUUGUGAAAAAAUAUAUUCCAGUUACGAACUACGAGAAAUUAAAACUCUUGCGUGGUAUUCAGAAAUAGAAGUCCUUGUGCCUCGAAAAAACGAAAAAAUCUACUUUUGUCUUCGAUAUAACGAAGGAAAAAAUUAUCCAUUUGGUGAGAAAUGGGUUCAUCAAGGCAAGGAAUUAUUUUUGAAUCCCGAGAGCGAUGGGAUCCCUUCAGCAACUACAAAAUUAAAUGUCCUUGUAGAGUCCAACGAAAUACCAACUAAUAAUCAAGAAACAAAAUCGAUUGAUCUAACGCACGAUACUGAUGUAAAUUACCUUCCAAACGUCGCAAAUCUCUCUCAAGAAGAGAGAAGAGAUAUUGAAAUACGUUCAAGAGAUAGAUAUAUACCAUUACAAGAAAGUAAUGACAAUGAUGUAAAGAGCAAAGAGCCUAAUGAACACAAUGUAGAAAGUGAAGUUAGGUUGAAGAAAAUUAAAGAGAAUUUAAAUAAAAUUGAAAAUGAAUUUCACAAUUUUAAUAGAGGCGAUAGAAAAACACGUGAUACUUUUUAUAAAAUAGAUGUUAUUGAUGAAAUAGAUGAUAUACAAGAAUCAACAGAUAGUAGGGUUAAAAGACAAAUAAUGUCGCAAAUGGCUGAUUUCUCGUCUGUGAAGAGAGUGGAACCGAUGGUAUUUCUGGAUGGUAUACGGGUGGAAGAGGCUGAAAAGGAUCCCAAGAUUUUGGAUGAUGGCGUACCAAGUGUGUUGGCUGAUACUAAGGUUACAUUGCGGCUCUUCGGUCAAGGCCUGACGCCCAGAACGGUGAUAGCAUUCACUCAUGAUGCCCUGGAGUAUGGACAGCCAUGUAAAUUUCUUCUCAAAGGAGAGUAUGUGGCAAAGGAAGACUCUGUCACAGCGACAUCAGCGCUCUUCGAAUUCUGGGCUCCAUCACCAAUUAUAAGCUCGAAACUCUACAUCUGCACCAAAAACCUUAAACCGGGCAUCCUACCCUCAGAAGAUGAAGAGAAAUACCUACAUCAGGGCACAGAAGGUUGGAAGGUUUUGGCCACACAUAAUAAGCUGAUGCCGCUGUGGGUCGCUUUGAUAUUGAUUCUGGCCUGUCUGACGUUUUCGGCGCUGUUUUCUGGUCUGAAUUUGGGCCUGAUGUCACUGGAUCGGACGGAGUUGAAGAUUAUUUCUAAUACAGGUACGGAGCAGGAAAGGAAGUACGCACGUGCCAUAAUGCCAGUACGGGAUCAUGGGAACUAUCUCCUGUGCAGUAUUCUACUUGGGAAUGUGGCUGUUAACUCCACGUUCACAAUAUUAUUGGACGAGUUGACCUCUGGAUUGUUCGCGGUGAUAUUUUCGACCCUGUCCAUCGUUUUGCUUGGUGAGAUAACGCCACAGGCGAUAUGCUCCAGACAUGGGUUGAUGAUUGGUGCACGGAGUAUUAUGGUCACUAAGGCUGUCAUGGCGCUCACCGCUCCACUGGCAUUCCCCGUCAGUAAACUACUGGAUUACUUCCUUGGUGAAGAAAUUGGUAGUGUUUAUAAUAGAGAGAGAUUAAAGGAGCUUGUUAAGGUAACAACCGAUGUAAACGACUUGGACAAAGAUGAGGUGAAUAUUAUAUCUGGUGCGCUGGAGUUACGAAAGAAGACUGUAUCGAGUGUGAUGACGAAGAUGGAGGAUGUAUUCAUGCUGCCGAUCACUUCUAUAUUGGACUUUGAAACUAUGUCGGAGAUUAUUAAGUCUGGCUACUCCCGUAUCCCGGUAUAUGAAGGUCAUCGCGGUAACAUAGUGACGGUGCUCUUCAUCAAGGAUCUGGCCUUCGUGGAUCCUGAUGAUAACACACCACUGCGGACCCUCUGCCAGUACUACCAGAACCCAUGCAAUUUCGUCUUCGAAGACGUCACCCUGGAUAUAAUGUUCAAGCAGUUUAAGGAUGGACACAAAGGUCAUAUGGCGUUUGUGCAUCGGAUUAAUAAUGAAGGGGAGGGUGAUCCGUUCUAUGAGACCAUAGGUUUGGUGACACUCGAGGAUGUGAUAGAAGAGAUGAUACAAUCUGAAAUUGUUGACGAGACUGAUGUAUUUCUGGACAAUCGUUCAAAGCGUCGUCGAAACAAACCCCAGCACAAGUUGCAGGACUUCGCUGCCUUCGCGGAGAGACACGAUCAUAGAAGGAUACACAUAUCACCACAGCUGACUUUGGCCACAUUCCAGUUCCUCAGUACUAGUGUGGACGCUUUCCGGCCUGAUACAGUCUCUGAAACGGUUUUAAGAAGACUUCUGAAGCAAGAUGUGAUACAGCAUAUCAAAGUGAAAGGCAAGACAAAGAAAGAUUCGUCGACAUAUGUCUUCCAACAAGGAAAACCGGUGGAUUACUUCGUGUUGAUCCUGGAAGGUCGCGUGGAGGUGACGGUGGGCCGUGAGAACUUGGUCUUCGAAGCCGGUCCCUUCACCUAUUUCGGGGUUCAGGCGCUCACGCAGAAUGUUGGAGUCGCGGAAUCCCCGACGCCAUCAGCCAUGGGCUCCCUUCAGAAUAUAAAUAUGGACUCCAUGUUGCGUCACACCUUCGUCCCGGAUUACUCCGUUCGCGCUAUCACGGAGUUGUAUUAUCUCACUGUUAAACGGAGUCUCUAUUUGGCAGCUAAACGCGCUACCCUCAUGGAAAAAGGAGCUUUAUCCAAGGGCGCGACAAAUGAACAAUUCGAUACAGAAGUCGAUAAAUUGCUGCAGUCUGUGGAUGAAGACAUUAGCAUCAGUGGUGAACACAGAACUCCGUCAAGACAGAUAUCACCAAAUCCGCCUAAUCAUAGCCGGUCAUCAUUUAGCCGUUCAUCACCAGAGCGAAAUGGUGAUGUAUUCGCAGCGAGAGAUGAACAAGAGAAAUUACUUAAAUAGAACCAGAUUUUUUUUUUAGUUUUUGAAAGCGCUGGUAAUAUUUUACGAGGUCGUACAAUUAUUAUGAAAUUCUAUUUCUCAGCCAAUCAGUGUAACUGCCAGAAGGUCCUCGUACUCAUACCAAAAUGGCCGCUGGUAAUGAGCCAUUUUGAGAUUUUUUAGUUGGUACUACUUAUAUCUAGAAACUCGUAUUAAACUGUGAUCUUUACAGAAAUAUAUAUGUACAAAUUGUCCGUACUUAAUACAUAAAUAGAUUUUAGUGAAAUAUAUAGUACAUAGCCAAUAAAAUACGCUAUUUUUGAAUCAUACUUAACAAGCUUAUGGACUAACGGCCUCCAUUCUCGAUCUUAAAACGAUCCACCAAUCGAUUGGAAAAGUAUUUAAUGAGAAAUAUCAAUCUCUAGAAGUCAAAAUUUGAUUGGGAUUGAGUAUAAAAAGCCGUAAAAGAACACUAAUGAUGUCGUCGACGUAACCAAAUUUCGAUAGUAAUUUAUAUGAUAUAUUGAUUAUUGAAGUCGUCAGUUUGCUGAUUAUGUAACUUUAUUAAGUAAAAUUUAGGUAUCCCUUAAUUAAACUCUCGUUUAAAAAUUAUAAAGAUAUCGUAACUGGUAUCAAAAAUAUAUUCCAAAAAUCCAGAACUAUACAUACAAAAACCAAUCAAAGGUAGGUACGUAAACGCUACCAAGGGAUAUUUAUUGUUUAACCAUCUUGGGUUCAUACUUAUACAGACAUCAUAACUCAUCAUCAAAUUUACGUUGCAUUGUAAUUCACGUCAGUAAGGUGUCAAAUGUCUUAAAUUAUUAAUCAAUGUUAACUGUCACCUGUCAAGAAGUCUGACAGUAUUGAGUUUGCGUACCGCGCCCCGCAGAAGUUAUCUGAAUUAUCCCAAGGUGUAUUUGUUCUUUGACCAUCUUGGGACAAAUUAACGAUGCAUUGUAAUUCACGUCAAGAAGGUGGCAACUGUCUUAAAUUAUUAAUGUCACUGUCAUCUGUCAAAAAGUUUGGCAAUAUAAAAUAUACAAAUAAAUAUCUGUAUAUAUAAAAAAAUGCCUGGCGUUUAGGAUUAAUACAUCGUUAGUUAUAUACACUGUUUUUUAGUAUAGUUUGCACUUAUAAUAAGCAAAAUUAAUUUAAUAUUGUUUACACCGUUAAAAGGUUUCUAUUUAAAAGAUUUGCCAAAACCUAAAACUUGUAUCUGUAGUAGAUUGCGUGCAAAUGCAAUAUAAUAUUGAAUUAUGUACUUAAAAGUUAAAACAGAAAAAGACAAAAUAUUUUUAUUUACUUACCUAUAUUGUAUUUGAUCUAUUCUAAGAGUAAAAACCUCCGUAAAAAUAUACUUAAUUUUGGUUAGGCCGUGGUAGGCCAGAGAUGGCCACACUGAUAUAACGAUUAGAGAUGUUGUCAUAUAGUGAUGAAAGAAACGGAUGCAGUCUAAAGUCUAUUUUAAUAGAUUAAAAGUACCAAAGAUAGUUUAUUUCCAAUUAUUUAUGCAAUAAAAUAUAGCUAUAUUCCACUAAAACAACCCAGAAACGAAUUGUUUUAUCAAUGUAGACAAUUUUGUUUGCCUCCAUGCAGUGGAGGCAGACUUUGUA